CAGGUGGUGAAAGGGAAAGUCACCCGUCAUGCCCCGCGCUCCAACAUGGCGAACUGCAACUGUUUUUUCUGCCUGCCUCCCCCUUCCGAGGGGAACUCCUGGAAAAGCACGGCCCUGUGCUUGCUGGGAGGAGCUGCCCUGGCGUCUGCUUCCAUAGUGUUCGUCAGCAGAAUCUGGGAAAAAUUCAGACAGAAAAACACGGUGUAUCCAGAAGACACAGUAGUUCUACAUCAGUUCCAGAGAGCCAAGCACAUCCCCAGUCUGUCACCCUUCUGCCUCAAACUAGAGACCUAUCUGCGCAUGCACAACAUUCCUUAUAUGACAAUACUGGACAGUCCCUUGUCUAGCAAGGGUAAGAUGCCGUGGAUCCAGUUUAACCAGCGGCGUGUGGAGGACGCGACCUUCUCCAUCAUGUUCCUCUCCGAAACCUUCCACAUCGAGGUGAACGGCAUGAGUGGUCAUGUGACCAGCCAGCAGAAGGCCAUGUCUCGUGCCGUCGUGUCCCUGGUGGAGGAGAGUCUAUACUGGACAGUGGCGUACUGCAGGUGGGUUGACCAUGUGGACCAGACUCGAGCAGAGCUGCCUUAUGACGGUGUCCUGAAGUUUGUGGUGCCAUGGAUGAUGGCGGGGAUCAUAUUACGGGAGAUGUACGCUCACGGCAUCGGCAAGAACAGCAGGGAGGAGCUGUACAGGAUUAUGGAGGAGGAUCUCAAGGCUCUGUCAGACUUACUAGGUGACCAGUCCUUUAUCCUGGGGGAGCGACCCUGCGAGGCAGACUGCUCGUUGUUCGGAGUGCUCGCUCAGAUCAUGUGGACCCUUCCAGGCACCCGGGCAGAGGCUCUGGUUAAGGGUGAGUAUAUUAACCUGGCGAACUACUGCAUCAGGAUGAGGGAACUGUUCUGGCCAGACUGGAGCAGGGUCGUCACCGAGAAACACUGACACACCAGUGCAUCAUGGGAA